GACUGCGAUUUAAUUUUGUAAAAAUUUCACGUGAAACCAUACGGAAGAAGUGUGUCAUCACCGAAAAAACAAAUAAAAGUGAAGAAAUUUAAUUUUUCAAUUUAAAAAACCUCCCGAACAAAAGGUUUUUUGCAAGUUUUUCGUGAAAUAAUCUUAAUUGAAUUACAAAAAAAGCAAGAAAAAGCACAAAAAUGGCCCAAAUGGGAAGAAGAGAAGGUGCAGAAAAAUUAGUUAAUCAAAUUGCAUGCAUCAAAUAUACAUUAUUCUGCUUCAAUGUCGUGUCGUGGCUCUUUGGCUUCGGAUUGUUCUUGUUGACGGUGUACAUGCGCGCCGAGCCCGGUUUCGAGGAAUGGGUUCGCAUGUUGAAUAUUUGGAUCUACUACCUGGGCGUGUAUUUCUUGAUUUUUGCCGGAGUUAUCAUCAUGAUCUCCGCUUUCCUGGGAUGCUGUGUGGCACUGACGGAGCACAAAUUGGGAUUGACUGUGUUCAUCGCCAGCCAAGUUUUGUGCUUCCUGGUCUCCGUUGUUGGUUCAGCAAUUUUGCUUGAUCACUCAACGUUCAAUUCGAGCAUCGAACCUGUUGUCCAUCGCCAGAUGAUGCAUCUCAUCAUGAACUCUGAAUACGAGCCAUAUUCGACGACACUAAAGCUGGUCCAGGAGAACAUUGGAUGUUGUGGCGCAGACGGUCCCAAUGAUUACAUGCAUUUGCGUCAACCCUUGCCACUGGAAUGUCGUGACAGCGUAACAGGUAAUGCCUUUUUCAACGGGUGUGUUGACGAAUUGAUUUGGUAUUUGGAAGACAAAUCUGUCUGGGUAGCUGUGCUCGGCAUGACACUUGCACUCCUUCAUGUUAUCAAUGCCGUACUGGGAAUCGUCUUUGUCCAAGCGACAAAACGUGAAGAGGAAUUCUUGUAUCGCCGUUAAACCAUCGACAUCUUAAUGGAAUGGAGCUCUGCUGCAUAUUUCAUCGAUAAUAAUAAGAUUUUCAUUUACAUUUAUUAUUAAAAUUUAUUACAAUAAAGCUCAGAGGAUUUUUUUUUGUUA